AAUUUUUUUUAUAUUUCAUAACUCUGUUUAUAACAGUAGUUUUUUUAGGUCACGUUAAAUUAUACGGUGUAAUGAUAAAGAAAAGUAGUAAGAGUUGUGUGGGGAGUCACUUUGAUAGUAUAGAAAACAUGUUACAUACUAUCUAUGAGUAAAUUGCAAGAUGCAGUGUAAAUACUCACGCCGCACCAUAUGAAAGAUCGUUUACGGGGAUAAUAGUGUUUCAAGAAAUCUCCAAGUAGAAGAAAUAGGACUUUCAUCUUGUCAAGAAAACUUUCUCUUCGUAUUAGCUAUGCUUUGCGAUACGUUUGUAUUGUUCAAUAAAUAUCCAAAUAUGUGUAGAAAAUCUUUUAUUAUUAAUUCAAAAAGAGAUUUUUAAUCUAUCUAAAUGUUUAUGAAAAUAAUACAAAAAAAAUGUAACUUUCUUUUUUCACCGAUUUUAUUUAGAUAUUUACGAUGGAAUUAAAAGAAACGUUAAUCCUUAUUUACGACGUUCUAUUAUUUUUGAUAAUGUCAAUAUUCUAUAUAUUCGAAACAAUAAUAUUUACAAUCGUUCCACAACGUUAUCGUGAAAAAUCUAUCAAAGGGAAAAUAGCUUUAAUUACUGGAGGUGCCACUGGAAUUGGUAAAUUGAUUGCCCAGAAAUUAUCUUAUUUAGGUGCUAACGUUAUCAUCUGGGAUAUAAAUAAAUCAGCACUCGAAGAUACGGUAAAUGAAAUAAGAAGACACGGUGGAAAAUGUUGGGGAUAUUGUUGCGAUAUUUCUGAUCGAGAAGAAAUAUUUAGAAUUGCGAAAUCCAUUAAAAUUGAGAUUGGUAAUAUAUCAUUAUUGAUAAACAAUGCUGGUUAUGUAUAUGGUAAAACUCUUUUGGAUAUACCGGACGAAGAAAUAGAACGUACAUUUAAAAUAAAUAUAUUGGCGCAUUAUUGGAUGAUUAAAGCGUUUUUAAAAGAUAUGAUGAAAGAAAAUUAUGGACACAUCGUAACAAUAGCAAGUGUUGCUGGUUUAUUAGGAACUUACAAUUGCACUGAUUAUUCAGCCACGAAAUUUGCUGCCAUUGGACUUCACGAAAGUCUUUUUUCAGAACUCAAAGCUCAUGGAUACGAAGGGAUUCAUAUGACACUCGUUUGUCCUUACUUGAUUAAUACGAAAAUGUUUCAUGGUGUUAAACCUAGAUUGAUGAAAAUGCUCGAACCCGAGUACGUUGCCGAAGAAGUAAUAAAAGGAAUAUUAUUGAACAAAGUAAAUGUUACAUUACCUAACAUUGUCAGACUUCUUUUGCCACUUAAAUGCUUAUUACCUGCAAAAAUGUGUUGGGAUUUAAUGUAUCGUAUAAUACGUGGACCACAAUCAAUGAUGAUGUUUAAAGGACAAGAAAGUAUAGAAAUGCAUCAAAAAAAUAAUAAUAUUAUUGAAAAGACUGAAAAAUUACACCUACAGUAA